AUGCGUGCGGCUCUACUAUCCACCAUCCUGGCUUCCACCGGCGCUUCGGCAGCGACACUUGACCGCCGUGCCGGUGCUUCAUCAUGGACCUCUACGGCCAACGGCCAGUAUAAGCUGAGCCAAUUUGAUGCUCCUGUUUUGGGUGGGAGCAACCCGGGUAUUCAGGAUUGGGAUUUUAAGAUCUUCGAGAAGUCCAAGCAGAAGCAGACUGUCAAGGGCUUCGGUGCUUGUGUCACAGAUAGCACCGUCACAGCCUUCAACAGAGUUCCUUCAAGUGCUCGCGCUCAGCUCUUCAGAGAUCUCAUGACUUCUGAUGGCAUCAACCUCAAUCUUAUGCGCCACACUAUUGCCAGCUCUGACCUUUCUGGUGAUCCCGCCUACUCCUAUGACGAUAACAACAACCAGGACGACCCAAACCUCAAUGGCUUUAACCUUGGAGACCGUGGUAAUGCCAUGGCGUCGAUGUUGGCCGAAAUGCGUCGACUACAGGGAGGCAUGACCCUCCUUGGAUCUCCCUGGUCAGCCCCUGGCUGGAUGAAGCUGAACAAGAAGAUCAUGGGCACUACCGACAAGAACAACCUCGACCCAGCUCACAGACAACACUAUGCCAAUUACUUUGUCAAGUACCUCCAGGCUUACGAGAAGGCUGGAGCGCACGUUGACGCAGUUACUCUGCAGAACGAGCCCUUCAACAGCAGAGCCCAGAUGCCAACCAUGUAUGUCUUCCCGGAUGAGUCUGGCCAAAUCAUCCGUGACAACUUGGGACCAGCCAUCCGAAACGCCGGCUUGAACACCAAGAUCUGGGCUUGGGACCACAACACGGAUGUUUACAGCUAUCCCCAAACCGUGUUCCACACUGCACCGCAGUUUGUCAACACUGCGGCCUGGCACUGCUACGCCGGCAACGACCCCAACGGCUGGACACCACUGACCAAAUUCCACAACGAGUUCCCCAACUCAGAGCAGUACAUGACCGAGUGCUGGACCGCCACCGGCACAACCGACUGGAAGCACAGCUCAAACUUUGCCCUCAUGCCACUCCAGAACUGGGCAAACGGCAUCAUCGCCUGGGCCCUGGGCACUUACACUGGCGGCGGCCCAUCCAUCUCCGGCAGCGACGCCUGCCACCAGUGCACUGGUCUCGUCACCGUCGACCCAAACUCAGGCAGCUACACCAAGACCAUUGACUACUACAUGAUGGGCCAGUUCUCCAAGUUCAUGACCAAAGGCGGAAAGGUCGUCGACACCUCGGGAAGCUACCUGUUCAACGACAACGAAGGUCUCGAGAUGGUUGCGUCCGUCAACCCCGAUGGCACUCGUACCGUCGUCAUCCAGAACCGCUACAACCACGACAUCUUCGUCAAGGUCAAGGCUGAGGCCGAGGGUCAACCCUGGGGAGCCAAGGUUCCCGGAACGUCUGUCACAACCUGGGUCCUACCUAGAGCCUAA